ACCAUGACGAGUUCUCACACACUUCCCCCAGCAUGCACAGAGUGAAGAUUGCGCUGCUGCUCAGCUGUCUGCUUCUGCUGCACUUCACGCCCACUGCAGGGCAGAAGAUCAACCUGGUCAAGGUCGGGCAUUGCGUGGAGAUUGCCUUGGAGCUCACAGCGAGUGUUACCACCCAGAUCAUGCCGCUGAUGAAGGACCUGAUGCACUGCGUGGGCUAUGCGCCCAAGAUCAGCACUGCCAGGGUGAGCAAGGUGCAGCUGCUGGUGAUCAUCUAUCAGUUUGUGCACAAGGCACUGAUGGGCGAGCGGCUGACCUGCCUGCUGAAUGCCUACAUGACGCUGUCGAGCGUCCUGGGUCCGCACCUGGAGAAGAUGAGCUCCCUGCAGUGCUCCUAUCUGUUUGUCAAGCCACCAUUAUGUUGACAAAAGUUCGCAAUAAAAAGGGUUUCACUUGAAGAAGAAA